AUGGCAACUGGGGCUACCCUCCAGGAGCUCGAAAAGCAAAGUACUUGCCCUCUCUGCCUAAAAUACUUUGACAAUCCAGUGAUCCUAGACUGUGGGCACAAUUUUUGCAAAGCCUGCAUCACCAACUACUGGGGAGAGUCUGCUACUGCUGUUUCCUGCCCUCAGUGUGAUCAAACUUUUCGGCAAGGGAGCUUCAGGCCAAACUGGCAAGUGGCAAACGUUACAGAACAUGUCAGGAAGCUGGCAGAGAAAAGGCAAGCAGGAAGAAAGAGGGGAGUGUGUGAGAUUCACAAUGAGCCCCUGCAAAUCUUCUGUAAGGAAGAUCAAGCCUCCAUCUGCUUGUUGUGUGACAAAGCCAAGGAGCACAAGGGCCACACCACGGUCCCUGUGGAGGAAGCUGCCGAGGAGUACAAGGUAACAAUCAAAAUUAUGCAGCUAUCUCUGGAGAAAAGGAAAAGAAUUCUUGUAGAACAGAAAAAGGCUGAAAAGCGAAGAAGCCAGAAGUGUCUGAAACAAUUAGAGACAGAGAUGCAGGAGCUCAGGUCUGCUUUCAAACAAAUGCAAAAGCAGCUUGAGGAGAAACUUCGUUUCCGUAUGGCCCCACUGGAAGAUUUGGAGAAAGAAAUGAAAAAGAGGGAAGAAGAAAAUAUUGGUAGCUUCGCUGAAGAGAUUUCCCGGCUCCAGAACCUGAUCACAGAUAUGGAGGAGAAGUGCUUGCAGCCAACAAACGAAUUCCUCUUGGACAUCAAAAAUUCCAUGAACAGGUAUGAAAGCAGUGUGGUAAAGAAGGAAGUGAAACUUGCUCCAGGACUGGAGGACAAAAUCAAGGAGUACACUCUGAAAAGACCUUUUCUUGAAAAAGCCAUGGUAAAGUGUGAAGGGAUUCUAAAGCGAGCACUGGAUCAAGUGAAUGUGACCCUGGAUGUAGACACAGCACACCCCCGGCUCGUUGUGUCUACGGACCUGAGAAGUGUCAAAUGUGAAAGCAGACGUCAGGACCUGACCGACAAUCCUACAAGAUUCGAUACAAUGACGUGCGUGCUGGGCCGCGAGAGAUUCAAAUCAGGAAGGCAGCUUUGGGAAGUGGAGGUAGAGGAGAAGAGAGCGGCAGGAUGGGCAGUGGGGGUCGCAGAAGAAUCCACCACAAGGAAAGGAAAGACCAGCCUCAGCCCUAUUGAGGAUAUCUGGGCUGUGGGGAAGUCAAGGGUUGGCGUAUUCUUACCUUUCCAACUCUCCGCUUUUACUUUCCCUGAGCCAACUCCUUUGACCCUGAAACGGGAGCCCAGGAAGAUCCUGGUAUCCCUCGACUUUGAAAACGGUCACGUAGGAUUUUUUGAUGCUGACACAGGUGACUCUAUCUUCACUUUCCGUUGGAUCCCUGGCUUUCGGGAGAAGAUCUGUCCCUAUUUCUGGUUGGGGUCUGGAAUCAGUCUGAAAUGCUGA